CAGCUACCAACCAGUGGAGUGGCUGGCUGUAGCGGAUCACCGCACUCGACGUGUUGCCACUCUUAGCCAGAUCGUGUCACUUGCUGCUCGGCGAACCUUCUCGAGCAGCCAAAUACCACAUCUCUACUUUCCUUGCGGCCCAAGCCUUCAAAUAGCAUCUCCGGCGGGCAGAGGUGGUAAACAUACGGAGUUACUUGACGUAAGGCCCCAGUGCCGCUCACACAAUCAUGGACGAAGCGAUCUCCACCUUCGUCUCUAUCACCGCAGCCACUCCGGCGCAGGCUCAGCAGUACCUGUCCCUCACUGACGGCAACGUCGAGCAAGCCAUCGAGCUAUUCUUCAACAGCCCAGAUCUCGGCGCCACAGCCAGCGCACCUUCACAACCGUCACAUCAGCCUUCGAGUCGCGACAACCCGAUUGCCCUCGACGAUGACGAUGAUGAUGUGGAGAUGAUUGGUAGCGGACCUGCAGGUCACUCAGUAGAGGACGACGAAGCGAUGGCACGGCGAUUACAGGAGGAGAUGUACGGUGGCGGUGGCGGUGGCGGAGGUGGCCGCAGAGACGAUGUUGACGCAGAAGGAGUGAGAGCACCAAUGGCGCGCACUACCGAGACGCUCGUGGGACCAGACGCGGAUUGGAGGAACGACCCAGAUCAAAUGAAUACGGCCAUCAUGGAGCAGCUGGCGGCGCGGCAGAGAGCGCGUCAACACGGUGCGCCCGGCAUCUUCAACCAGCGCGAUAUCUGGGCCAACGACGACCCAAGAGAUCCGGACGCACGUCAGCGAGACGCACUUUCGCGAGCCACAGGUGGUGCAUCAGAUCAAUCAGCGAAAUCGAAUCUGCUCGCGGAACUGUUCAAGCCACCCUUCGACCUUAUGUCGAAGCUACCGUGGUCGGAGGCGCGAGACGAAGGCAAGGAUAGCGAGAAGUGGCUGCUGGUUAACGUACAAGACCCAUCCAUCUUCGACUGUCAGGUGCUCAAUCGCGACAUCUGGAAGAACGCACAGAUCCGCGACACCGUCAACGAGCACUUCAUCUUCUUACAGUACAACAAGGACGACCCGCGUGGUCGCGAGUACAUACAGUAUUAUUUCGCGAAUCAACGUGACACCGACGACGCCUAUCCGCACAUCGCUAUUGUCGACCCUCGGACGGGCGAGCAGGUGAAGUCGUGGUCAGGCUCGCCAGCACCGAAGGCUGCCGACUUCCUCAUGGACUUGCAUGAGUUCCUGGACAGAUACUCGUUAAGCAUGGAGCGCAAGAACCCAGUCCAAGCGAAGCGGAAAGAGAAGAAGAAGGAUGUGGGCCAGAUGACGGAGGAGGAGAUGCUGGAGAUGGCUCUGCAGAACAGCCUGGCGAAUGGCUCAAACGCACCGAAAGACGAGGAUCCGGACGCACUCACGCGGCCCGCCGCGGCGAACGGCAAAGGCAAAGUACCCGCGCACCUCCAAGAAGCCAUGGACACAGCAGACAUGGGUCCAAGACCUCCAACAAACGGUACAACCCAACCCAGCUCAGCCGCCGCCCCGCUACCUCAGAAGGAUACUCCCUUCUCACGCAUCUCAUCCACUGCUUCACAUGACGAACCAACCUCCACGGGCCCGGAAACAACCCGCAUCCAGUUUCGCUACUCUGGCGGCCGCGUAGUCCGUCGCUUCAUGCUCUCCGACCCGGUGCGUAGGAUCUAUGAGUGGCUGAAGGCAUCACCCCUUGAUGGGAUGGAGGGUAAGCAGUUCGAGCUCAUCAGUAUGGGCAAGAAUCUCAUGGACCAGCUGGAGGUGCCGAUCGGGGAGGCAGGGCUGAAGAAUGGCACGGUAAUGGUGGAGUUUGUGGAUGCUGAGGAUGAGGAGUAGAGCGAUUCGUUUUGCAGUUCCGCGCAUGGGUGUGGGUAUGGUAACGGUGUAGCGGCCUGAUACGCUUUGCGAGGGCACGCAGGUGGUACGAUAGAGGGCGCAUGCUGCUACUACGAUGAGCUGGCGGCGCUUUCAAGUGGAUAACGCUAAGUCGGCUGCAAGUAGCCGAAACGCUUUCCAGCGGC